GCGCUUUUGUCCACAUUAUUGUGCAAGGGGUCAGAGUUGGUGCAGCAGUCGGCAUUCUCACGCCCAGAUCGAAGGUGGACAGGCCGCUGAAAUUCGAUACAAUAAAGGUAGGUUGCAGUUUAUUUUCUGCAUUUGCAGUAGGCAAAUGGCACGACGUGAUGACGUGAUGUUACAGUCAAAAUGGCGGCCGCAGUAAGUGACGGCGCGCUGGAUCUAUCGAAAUCUACAUCUGCAAUCAGCCCAAGCCCCGAACCUGCAAACAGCCUCUCCUCCGACUUAGAAACCGAUGACAUGAAUGCGGCAAGCGUUAAGGAGGAGCUCGACACAGAAACACCGAAUGCCAAUCCACCAUCUCCAUCACCUUCAAGACCAUUCAAAUCCUAUCCGUUUGAGUCACUGGCCAGUUUGUAUGGUCCUCUUGGUCUUGGAGCAGCCUCUCCCGCCCCUCACCCUGCCCUCUAUAACCCGUAUGCUCCGGGUUCGACGCUCGGUGGUUUAUCGGCCCUUCCCGGUUUCGAUACGGCCGCUGUUUCAUUGUCGUCGCCUAUAGCUCAAUAUCUUCAACAACGGAGACGACGAACGGAAUCGAGAAGUUCCGUUUCUCAAUCGGCGUCUACUUCUUCUCAAUCAUCAACCAACCAACUUAACGACGCUCAGCAACCUGCCUCUUCCUCAUCGCCCAACAAGGUAACAAAUUCUGGUUCAGAGAAGAAGGAUGACUCUUAUUGGGAGCGCCGACGGAAGAAUAAUGAAGCUGCGAAAAGAUCGCGAGAUGCUCGAAGGGCAAAAGAAGAGGAGAUUGCCAUGAGAGCAGCAUUUCUCGAACAGGAAAAUCUAAAACUUAGAGCGCAAGUCGCUAUUUUAAAGAACGAGACAGCGAAACUGCAUUAUAUGCUCUACAAUCGUAUGUAGAAUGUAUCUGUUAGGUAUAAUUGUGUGCAAGACCGGUGCUUAUCUGUAUUUGACCUAGAAAAAAAUUAAAAGUUCGGAAACAACGGGUGACGCUUUGUACAUAUACAUUUCUUCACGUUUCGUUUUUGUAUCCAUGUUUCCUUUUCAAUCCAUGUAUAAAUGAAAAGCGCCGAUCUAAUGGGUUUCGCGGUCGCGGCUUUUCGUUAAACAAACAUUCCCAUUUGUAUAGAAAUAAGUUUUUAAACAGCUGCGAACAAAUCGAACAGUCGCGCACGGAAACCCGUAUAUUUGCAUCUGUACAUGAUCCAUUUUAUCAUUAAUGACGUAACACCACCGAAACUAACCAUUAUAUAUGUUUGUGCUUAUAUACUAUACAAAUAUAAAUAUAAAUUU